CGGGCGCUGAGGCGGAGGCGCCGCCGCCAUUUUGGUGUCGCUGGAGCGGGGCCGGGGCGGCGGUGAGGGGCCGGCGAUGGAUCCCGGAGCCCGCCCGGGCGGCGGCGGCGGCCCGGGACAGUCCCGGGAGUACAAACUGGUGAUGCUGGGCGCGGGCGGCGUCGGCAAGAGCGCCAUGACCAUGCAGUUCAUCAGUCACCGCUUCCCAGAGGACCACGACCCCACCAUCGAGGACGCCUAUAAAAUCCGGAUUCGCAUCGAUGACGAACCUGCCAACCUGGAUAUUUUGGACACAGCAGGACAGGCAGAAUUCACAGCCAUGAGGGACCAGUACAUGAGGGCUGGCGAGGGUUUCAUCAUCUGCUACUCCAUCACGGACCGGCGCAGCUUCCACGAGGUGCGCGACUUCAAGCAGCUCAUUUACCGCGUGCGCCGCACCGACGACACGCCCGUGGUGCUGGUGGGCAACAAGUCUGACCUGAGCCAGCUGCGCCAGGUGUCCAAGGAGGAAGGCUCUGCCUUGGCCCGGGAGUUCAGCUGCCCCUUCUUCGAGACGUCGGCCGCGUUCCGCUACUACAUCGACGACGUUUUCCACGCGCUGGUGCGCGAGAUCCGCCGCAAGGAGAAGGAGGCUGUGAUGGCCAUGGAGAAGAAAUCCAAGCCCAAAAGCAGCGUCUGGAAAAGACUCAAGUCCCCCUUUAGGAGGAAGAAGGAUUCGGUCACUUGAAGAGAAAAUUCCUUUGCACAACAGGACAAAAGCUGUGACCUUUUGUAGCCAAAGGAGCUCGGUGACAACGCUGAGAGGUGACACCUGAGGGGACUUUGUGAGGGAAUGGCUGCCUCUGCCCGUUGUUUUUGUUUAGAACCAUGUUGCCUUGAUUCUGGGGGUUGAACUUCACACCCAGUGACAGUUGUACUUUGUUUGUUGUCAUUUUUUUUACUGGACCCAGCAGGUUUUGGCCGUGGGUUUGUGGCCUUGCGCUUUGGAGUGUUUGGUCACAGCACUCUGGGAGCUGAACUGUGCAAAGCAUUGCUGCAGUUGGACCCAGCCUCACUGAAUCUGUGUUUUUUCCCAGUUGGAAAAGAGGAUUUUGCUGCUCUCCACAACAACAGCCCACAGUGUGAGAGGCUGAACAGAAUUAUCAUGGCCUUGGAGGUCACCAAAUUUCUUGUGCCCUCAUGGGACAGAUUUCUUUCCAGGAAAACUGAAGUGGAAUAUUUGUGUGCAAGCUCAUCCAAGCGAUCAGUUCACCAGCAGUGAUAGAAACAAGCCAAAAUCACAGAAUAAUUUCAACUGGAAAUUAUUAUUACUGUAGGUGGGACAUAAACAAGCCAGAAUCACAGAAUAAUUUCAACUGGAAAGAAUUCUGAGAUCAGCAAGUCCAACCUGUGAGCCAGCACCACCCUGUGAGCCAGAGCAGAGCAUUCAGUCCUUUAAACACCUCCAAAAUCCUCUGGAUUUUGCUGUUUAACAACAGGACAGAUCACAGCUGGGUAACUCAGCAGCUUUUCUGCACCAAGUGCCUGGAAUGCUUCAUUUUGAAAGAGCUAAUUAGACUGAAGUGAUCUUCCUGAUCACCUCUCAGAUCUGUGCUGCACUGCCAGUGCCACCCAAACUGAAAACCCAGGUGGAAAAGAGAUGGUAAAGGAAGUGAGGAUUAAAAAAAAAAUAUAUAUAUAUGUAAAAAAACCUCCUUAUUACCUAAGACAGGGAUGGAAAUCCUGUGCCUGUUGGUUUGAAGAAUAUUUUCUUUGUGGAAGACUUAAACAGAAGAGAAGUGUGGCAGGGGCUGCAUCUUAUAUUUACUUUGUUUAACAUUUAAAUCGGUUUCCAUUCCUCAUCUCCUCCCAGUGCUGCGCUGCUCUGGCAGCAAUCACACAAUCAAAAAUUGGCUUGGAAGAGGCUGAAGGAAAAUUCAGAUUGUUCAGAAUUUCAGACUCUUCCCCCUUCCUGUGUGAGCAGCCAUCACUGAUGUUCUCAUUUUUGGAUUAAAAGCUGUCUAAAACUCAGAUUAAAAGCCAAAAACUGGAGGAAGAGGAGGAGGAAUGAGCUAAGAAGUGGCUCCAAAGCAUUUUUUAGCUCUGUCAGGUGUUGCAGAGCUGGGGCCUGAUGGUGAUGAUGCAUUUUCCAGUGCUUUUCCUUAAAAUCUCCAUCAGCUCUCAGAGCACAGCAGAGGUGCUGAGUGCUGUACAGGACUAUUUUCACCCCUAAAAAAUGGAAUUUUAGGUGCAGUUUAGGUGUUUACUAAUGCCCUUUGCUUCUAGAAUUUGUAGGGCAGAACAGCAGCCAGCACUUUUUUCACUUUUUUUUUUGUCUUUUUUUUUUUUUAUGCAGUGUUAUUCAAAGAGUUUUAUUUUUCGUCAUGUAUAAAUUUGUACACAGAACAAUCCUUUUAUUUGACACAAUAUAUAUAAUUUUUAAUACAAA